GUUUUCAGUCUGACUAUUAUAAAUGUGUGUUCAAGCCUGUGCUAGCUAGUGUUGUUAGCGAAAAGAUCUGAACAAACACAAUGUCUAUUAAAUUAAAUGCAUUAUUCAGCGACUCAUAUGUGGAUGUUAGCCAAUAUAGAGACCAACAUUUUAAGGGAAAUAGAUAUGAGCAGGAGAAACUGCUGAAACAGAGUAACACACUCUACGUGGGCAAUCUAUCAUUUUACACCACAGAAGAACAAGUGUACGAGCUUUUCUCCAAGAGUGGGGAUGUGAAGAGAAUCAUUAUUGGACUGGACAAGGUGAAAAAGACUGCAUGUGGCUUCUGCUUUGUCGAGUACUACACUCGUGCAGAUGCAGAAAAUGCAAUGAGGUUUGUCAACGGGACACGUCUGGAUGACCGCAUCAUCAGAACAGACUGGGACGCUGGUUUUAAAGAGGGCAGGCAGUAUGGUCGUGGCAAAUCUGGUGGUCAGGUCAGAGACGAAUACAGACAAGAUUAUGACCCAGCCAGGGGGGGCUAUGGGAAGGUCGUAGCACGACCGUGAUUACUUGUCUAAUGCUGUUUCUUUGGGAAAAGUGUUACAAGCCUGAGUCAGCCUGUUCUGUUCUCUGCUGUUUUGUUUUGUUGCCUUUUUCCAGGUCAGAGAUGAAUAUAGACAAGAUUAUGACCCUGCUCGAGGUGGAUAUGGAAAAUUAGCUCAGCUGCAGAGACAUCCUGAGGGACGGAACAGUUUUUAGUUUGGUGAAUUGUAUUCCAUACAGGGUUUCAAACAGACAGGUUACAUCUGCCAGGGUUUUAUAUUUCUCUUAUGACAGGUUUUUAGGAAAGUCUUCUGUGAAGCAUUUUUCAGUUAGCCGUAGUUCCAUGUGUCAUUUUGAACUGUUUACUAACCGUCUAGUGUAGAAAAGCUUACUCAGAUUGAAGGUUAUAGUCAUAAUUGUCUCCCAAACAAUAUAAAUUUUUCUUUUAAAUAAAUUUUUUAUCC